GACCGCAUUUAUGACAGGGUUUCUCCAUUUUCUUAUUCGUUAAGCUAUACUGUCUGUCACUUACCUCUCUCUCUCGCUCCCCUCACUGAGACGAGGCGUCCUGCAAUCCUCGGCGCCUUCGACAGCGGAACUCGCCAUUUUUGGAGCGGAUAUCGGAAUCGGUUACGCUUCUACUGAUCAGGUUGAAGGCGUAAAUGAGUUCAAGAAGAGGGAGUGGAAAUCCUUUUGUUGCUGACAGCAGCAGCAACCAGUUAUCCAAGGGGAAAAAUGCAUCUAGUGUUUCUAGCCCUAAGGUUGAGAAGCUGAGUCAAGAUGUGGCAGGCAUCGUCAUGGAUUCUUCACAAAACGAUGAUGGUCAGUGGGAGACUAUGUCAAGGAAGUCUAAGAACAAAGCUGGAAGCAGCGCUGCAAGAUCUUGGGUUUCUCAGAAUCCCAAUUCAAAACCAUGGGGUCAUCAAGAUGCAAUUAAGAAACCUGGUAUGCAGACCAAUGUGAGGGCCACACACACUGCUGAUUCUAAGAUUCUAACUGGCAGAGGAAAUAUGAGGGCCAAAAUAGUGAAUAGGGGAUCUGGGAACAGUUAUCCUGCGCCUCAAGCUGUCAUUGGCCCACCAUUGGAGCAUGGAUGGAAUUGGCAAUCUAGAGUUGGUUCUGUUCCAUCUGAGACUUCAAAAUAUAGCCAAGGCAAUGAAGUUUUGGAUAUCGAGGAGAAGGUCGAUGAUGUUGUUAAUGAAGACGAUGACGUUGUUAAUGAAGACGAUGACGAUGACGAUGUUACUGAUGAUGCUUUGGAUGAUUAUGAUGAUGAGCUUUUAAGUGAUGAAUUUGAUUCAGAUUCUAGUCAAAAAAGCCAUGACACACGGAAGAAGAAUCGAUGGUUUAAGAAAUUUUUUGAGAGCUUGGAUAGUUUGACUAUUCAAGAAAUUAACGAGCCAGAAAGGCAGUGGCAUUGUCCAGCUUGCCAAGGUGGUCCCGGUGCGAUUGACUGGUACAGAGGCUUGCAUCCAUUGAUAACACAUGCGAAAACGAAGGGAGCACAAAGGGUGAAACUCCACAGAGAAUUUGCAGAACUUUUGGGAGAGGAAUUGCACAGGAGGGGAGCGUCAGUUAUACCAGCAGGUGAAGUAUUUGGUCAAUGGAAAGGUUUAGGGGAAGAGAAGGAUCAUGAAAUUGUUUGGCCACCCAUGGUAAUCAUCAUGAAUACCCAGUUUGAUAAAGAUGAGAACGACAAGUGGAUUGGCAUGGGAAAUCAAGAACUUUUAGAUUACUUCAAAGACUAUGCUGCUGUGAAGGCUCGUCACUCUUAUGGUCCACAGGGACAUCGGGGAAUGAGCAUUCUUAUUUUUGAAAGCUCAGCUAAUGGUUAUCUUGAGGCUGAACUUCUUCACAAGCAUUUCAUUGAUGAAGGAACCCACAGGGAUGCUUGGGACAAUCGUCAUCGGCGUGUUUUAUUUAAUCCAGGUGGCAAGCGACAACUGUAUGGCUUCAUGGUGCAGAAAAGAGACCUGGAUUUGUUCAACCAACAUUGCCAAGGAAAAUCUAGGCUUAAAUUUGAGAUGAGGUCUUAUCAGGAGAUGGUUGUGAGUCAAUUCAGGCAAAUGAGUGAGGACAACCAGCAGCUUAAUUGGUUCAAGAACAGAUUUUCAAGGGUGCAGACACAUGCGAGGGCUCUUGAGGAGUCUCUUGGUGUUGUGACUGAGAAGCUACGCCAAACAGCUGAGGAUAGCCGAAUUGUGAGACAGAGAACCAAGGUUCAGCAUGAAGAAAACAAGGAAGAGAUGGAUUUCCAAGACAACUUUUUCAAGGAGCAAAUCAAAGUCAUCCAUGAAGCACGGGAUGCGAAGGAAGAGGAUUUUGAGAAGCUGCAGCAGGAAGAGCGUGAAAAGAUUAACCAGUUUAAUGUUAUGGUUAAUCCCUCGAAUGCAGAUGAAUAUAGAUGCAAGGCUGAGGAAAGAUCAAAGCAAAUCGAGAUUCAAGAGAAGUACGUGGGGAAAUUUGUGGAGGAGAGGGAUAAAGUGGUGGAAGCACAUGAAAAGAGGAUGAGUGCUAUGAGCCACAGGCAUUUGGAAGAAGAGAAAGAGCUGAGGCGGAGGCACUGGGAAGAAGUGAUGGAAAUGGAGAGGGUGUUUGACGAAGAAUUGGCUUGCGUUAUGGAGAAGUAUACCCCGCAGGGUUAAAUUUAAUUACUGCAAACAAUCUUACAACAUUGGCAUAUGAAUAGCAAAUACUAAAUUAAAAGUGGUAGAAGACUUUUUUCAGGCUUCACAUUGGUGAGAGCUAGUUUUGGGAAUUUUAUUAUCUUAACAGCUUUCAUAGCAUAUGGUAAAAAGUAAAAUGUGGGAGUUUACUAAUUUAAGAAGCGGAAGUUGUAUGACUUGUUUUUA